CUGGUUACUAACCAAAAUUAGACGUAAAUUGCUACCCGUUCAUGCUUGGAGAUUAACCAUCCGCGGUUGAACGGGUUUAAAAUGUAUACAUUAUCGUUCCCUAUGGCUUAUAUGACGCAGAGAAACCUACUACAAAUUGACAUCGUUAAACUGUCAUGUUAUAGUCUUGCCGAAGUCUCUUUAAGCAAGCUGCGUGGCUGAGAGCGAGUGACAUAUUUCUGACAACUUUGAUUUUGUUUGGRUUCGCAAGCUCGAUGAUAUCACUGRAUGAAAAGUCGUUCGUUUUACAGGGUUCAMUCAGUCGAUCUAGGGAAGCACAGGCCAUGCAUGGCUUGUUGAAAAGCUUAAAUACUCAAAGACAAUUGAAUAUCCUCUGCGAUGUGGUGCUGGUAGUGCAAAGACAAGAGUUUCCCGCUCAUAAAGGAAUACUCGCCGCUAACAGCAACUACUUCAUGGCCAUGUUUACAACAAACAUGAUGGAGAGGGAACAAGCRCGRGUCRUMUURAAAGAAAUCGUACCAUCUGCAGUKGGAGCSAUUCUCGACUUUAUAUACACUGGGAAUUUGAAAAUAAAUCAAGAAAAUGUUCGAGAUUUACUCGAAGCAUCAAAUUUUCUCCUGGUAUCAUCAAUAAAAGAUGCUUGUUGUCAAUUCUUGGAAAACAUUCUGGAUGUGGAAAAUUGCUUGACAAUUAUUUCCAUAGCAGAUGAAUUUUACUGCGAAAGCCUUCACAGAAAGGCAACAUCUUUUUUAUAUAAAGAAUUUCUAAGCGUUACAAARCAYGACGAYUUUAUGAAACUYGCUGUAGAAGAUGUGAGCGAGUUGUUUUCAAGCGAUGAAAUCCAGAUUGACAAYGARUAYCAACUCUUUGAGGCUAUGACCAAUUGGCUUCAGUACGACCUKCCRMGGAGAAGGAAGUUCCUUCUUCGACUUAUGCCACUUGUUMGGCUGCAUUUUGUAAAGCCAGGAUUGAUUGAGGAAAGUCUAGUGUACAAAGAAAUAGCAAAAGAGCUGGACAAAGAUGAGCUUUGCUGGAAAACCCAGGUAUCGGAAUGUCCCAGGAAAUCGUACAGUAAUAUUUCUGUGGUGGUUGUGGCCGGCGGCGUCAACAAGCACAGGAUCCUGGACACAGUAUUGUGUUACAUUCCAAGUGCAAAUAAAUGGUGCUCGCUUGCAAAUCUGAAUGUUCCAAGAUGGAAUCUUAAUGUCAUCGCCGGCAAAACUGGCGUCCUUGCAAUAGGAGGACUACAAGAGGUUUCAACCAUUCAACAAGAACUGCCAUAUAUGGAAAAAUACGACAUCAAAACCAACCAAUGGGAAGUCUUCAAGACCCCUAAACUCCCGUUCCCUGUCGACAGCAGCUCAUUCAGAGCGCUGGGGMUUGGGCACGAGGUUCUGUUUAUAAGAGAUUCAACAGGUGACCUAGAGCCGAGUKUUGUGAGUCUACAAGAACUUAGAGGAGAAAGGAGAUACGUUUCCMUGGCACCACUUCCUGUUCAACGUUCGGGGAUCUGUUGCGUAGCAACUCAAGGUCACGUGUUUGUUAUGGGAGGCUCGACACAGUCCCAUCAUGCACCACUUGGUGAUACCGCAGUACAGAGAUAUAGCAGAACUAAAGACUUAUGGACAACUGAGCCUCCAAUGACACAACCAAGAUGUCAUGCCUCGGCGACAGUCCUCGACGACAAGAUCUACGUCAUAGGCGGUUGCCAUGGUCACAGAGUACUAGCAACCGCAGAGGUUUACGACCCAAGAGUCAAGCAAUGGUCCUCUAUUGCAUCACUAGCUAUACCUCGAAUGAACGCCGGCAUCGCUGUGCACGAUGGGAAGGUUUGGGUUUUUGGUGGAGUAGACGGUCCACGGGGUUCUGUUUUAGAUUCUGUGGAGUGCUAUAACCCAAAACWCGAUAAAUGGAUAUGUUGUACAUCAAUGCCGGAGAAAAGACGAGACUUUAUGUGCUGUUCGACCGACAUUGCUUUCAGAACUGUAGCUUCGAUAAUCGAGGAAUCUUGCCGAAGUCUCUUUAAGCAAGCUGCGUGGCUGAGAGCGAGUGACAUAUUUCUGACAACUUUGAUUUUGUUUGGRUUCGCAAGCUCGAUGAUAUCACUGRAUGAAAAGUCGUUCGUUUUACAGGGUUCAMUCAGUCGAUCUAGGGAAGCACAGGCCAUGCAUGGCUUGUUGAAAAGCUUAAAUACUCAAAGACAAUUGAAUAUCCUCUGCGAUGUGGUGCUGGUAGUGCAAAGACAAGAGUUUCCCGCUCAUAAAGGAAUACUCGCCGCUAACAGCAACUACUUCAUGGCCAUGUUUACAACAAACAUGAUGGAGAGGGAACAAGCRCGRGUCRUMUURAAAGAAAUCGUACCAUCUGCAGUKGGAGCSAUUCUCGACUUUAUAUACACUGGGAAUUUGAAAAUAAAUCAAGAAAAUGUUCGAGAUUUACUCGAAGCAUCAAAUUUUCUCCUGGUAUCAUCAAUAAAAGAUGCUUGUUGUCAAUUCUUGGAAAACAUUCUGGAUGUGGAAAAUUGCUUGACAAUUAUUUCCAUAGCAGAUGAAUUUUACUGCGAAAGCCUUCACAGAAAGGCAACAUCUUUUUUAUAUAAAGAAUUUCUAAGCGUUACAAARCAYGACGAYUUUAUGAAACUYGCUGUAGAAGAUGUGAGCGAGUUGUUUUCAAGCGAUGAAAUCCAGAUUGACAAYGARUAYCAACUCUUUGAGGCUAUGACCAAUUGGCUUCAGUACGACCUKCCRMGGAGAAGGAAGUUCCUUCUUCGACUUAUGCCACUUGUUMGGCUGCAUUUUGUAAAGCCAGGAUUGAUUGAGGAAAGUCUAGUGUACAAAGAAAUAGCAAAAGAGCUGGACAAAGAUGAGCUUUGCUGGAAAACCCAGGUAUCGGAAUGUCCCAGGAAAUCGUACAGUAAUAUUUCUGUGGUGGUUGUGGCCGGCGGCGUCAACAAGUACAGAAUCCUGGACACAGUAUUGUGUUACAUUCCAAGUGCAAAUAAAUGGUGCUCGCUUGCAAAUCUGAAUGUUCCAAGAUGGAAUCUUAAUGUCAUCGCCGGCAAAACUGGCGUCCUUGCAAUAGGAGGACUACAAGAGGUUUCAACCAUUCAACAAGAACUGCCAUAUAUGGAAAAAUACGACAUCAAAACCAACCAAUGGGAAGUCUUCAAGACCCCUAAACUCCCGUUCCCUGUCGACAGCAGCUCAUUCAGAGCGCUGGGGMUUGGGCACGAGGUUCUGUUUAUAAGAGAUUCAACAGGUGACCUAGAGCCGAGUKUUGUGAGUCUACAAGAACUUAGAGGAGAAAGGAGAUACGUUUCCMUGGCACCACUUCCUGUUCAACGUUCGGGGAUCUGUUGCGUAGCAACUCAAGGUCACGUGUUUGUUAUGGGAGGCUCGACACAGUCCCAUCAUGCACCACUUGGUGAUACCGCAGUACAGAGAUAUAGCAGAACUAAAGACUUAUGGACAACUGAGCCUCCAAUGACACAACCAAGAUGUCAUGCCUCGGCGACAGUCCUCGACGACAAGAUCUACGUCAUAGGCGGUUGCCAUGGUCACAGAGUACUAGCAACCGCAGAGGUUUACGACCCAAGAGUCAAGCAAUGGUCCUCUAUUGCAUCACUAGCUAUACCUCGAAUGAACGCCGGCAUCGCUGUGCACGAUGGGAAGGUUUGGGUUUUUGGUGGAGUAGACGGUCCACGGGGUUCUGUUUUAGAUUCUGUGGAGUGCUAUAACCCAAAACWCGAUAAAUGGAUAUGUUGUACAUCAAUGCCGGAGAAAAGACGAGACUUUAUGUGCUGUUCGACCGACAUUGCUUUCAGAACUGUAGCUUCGAUAAUCGAGGAAUAAAAGUUUUCAAGGAUUUUUAA